ACGUCCAGGAGAGGCUGCUAUUGAGUUUAUAGCUCCCUCUCACGUCUGGAGUGUGAGAGACAGCGAGAGACAAGCGGAGGGGGUUUCUCCACGGCAUCGCGACCGGCGACAGCUGACUGGUUGGGAUCUAAUUGCUCUGAAGUGAUGUCAGCGGGAGGCAUUCAUCUCGGCGGCAGUGGAGGAUGCACACGCACGGUCUCCCUGCCAGAAGCAGGCAGGCAUCCACUGGAGCUGACACAAGCGCUCAGCACUUUGCACUACUAAAUUGCUGGACUUACCAACCAAAUUCGUGCUGAAAGGGAAUACAACUCUGGCAAGUCCUUCCAUCACAUACUAUGAUCUCGGGAUGGAGAAUACAAUCUGUUGUGUCACAGAAGACUGAAGAUAGACGUAAGACGCUGCAUCCCAUCUCCUUUUUCAAAGUACUCUCCAGCUUCGGGAAGCGUUUCCUCCACAAGCAGCCUGACUCUAUGUCCCGCGAGGACUCCCUGCCGCAAGAACACAGACCCUGAGGUCGCCACUGGAGUGGCAGAGUUCGGGGGGGGGGGGUGCACUCGGGCUGAGGGAUAGCGCGCAGAUCUCGUCUCCCGUUUCAGUAUGUUGUUCAUCGAUCCCCACUGCAUUGUAUUAUAAUGCGCAAAUGGAUGCUGACAUGGAACCUUCCAAAUCUGUUCUCGGGACUCUACCUGCAUGCCGUCUUCCUAUUCAGCAGCGUGUGUGUGGUCUACAGUGACUGCACUCCGGCGCAACUCGCUGCCAUCGUGAACUGUUCGAGACACGAGCGUCACACUAGGAAUUACGACUACAUGGAGGGAGGAGACGUGCGGAUGCGACAGCUGUUCAGCCGCACCCAGUGGUUCCUGACGAUUGAUGAUGAAGGCAACAUCAAUGGGACGCAAGACCCAACCAACUGUUACAGCAUCCUCGAGCUCAGGACAGUGUCUGAGGGGGGCAUACUGGCUAUCAAAGGCAUUAAGAGUCAGAAUUACAUCUCCAUGAACAAGGCUGGACAGCUGCAAGGGAAGAGGACCUACAACGAAAACUGCAACUUCAAGGAGGUUUUCCUAGAAAACUACUUCAAUGCUUACUCCUCGGCAAAGUGGACUAAAAAUGGCAAAGAAAUGUUCAUAGCGCUGUCUCAGAAGGGUCGGCCCGUGCGAGGGAAGAAGACGAGGAGGGAGCACGUCGCGUCGCACUUCAUCCCCAUGAAAUGCAGGGACGAGGAGAGGAGGGCGGACUGACACAGACGACUCACUAUGUGUAUGAAUUAAGUUACCAACUAUGUUAACGGACAUAUAAACUCAUCAACAGCUACACGACACUCUUCUCAAGGCUGCCAUCAGCAUCUGACAGCUUCAGGUUUUGCAUUUUGUGUAACCAUGUCAUUCCUUUGCCUACGGCCCGACAAUCGGCAUUGGAGCAGCGUUGCAAAAUGGCCGCCUGACAAAACGUUCUCCUGUCCCCGACUGCAGUUCCGUGCCAGUUCGAGACGCUUCAUGGCCGUAGCAGUGCUCCAACAAUUGACUCCGCCCAUGCCAAGCUUCUUGAAACAGGUUCUGUUAUUGACAAACCAAGCAGCACGAGGCCUGCUGCUACCAACACUGAUGAACGCAUUGAACUGCUAGAGCAGGCGUUCACGCAAAGCCAGGUAAAGUCCAUCAGGAAGGCAGCCCAGGGACACGGCAUCGACAAAAGCGCAAUUCAGCGGAUGCUUUGGAACAUGACAAAGUUUGACCGUUACCAGCUUCAGGUUGCUGAGCAUCAUCCUCUUCCGCUUGAAGCCUUUGAAAAACAUGAAGUCGGUACAACUAAAGCUUUAACACUCUUCCAAGUAUCCGUUGAACUGAGCUUUUGUUGACGCUGAGUUCCAGUGCAGCCAUCUGGACAGAGUUUACCUGGCUGGCGAGCAGUUUGGUGUUUUCCAUUAAUAGUGGCUGCGUGGUUUGUAAAGAACACAUCCUGUUUUGAGAAACAUCCCAUGGAUAGCGUAAGCUGCGCUACGCGAUGAAGCAGUAACGGCCAUGAAGCUGCUCCAACUGGUGCUGAAUUGCAGUCGGGGACAGAAAAACUUGCAACGCUGCUCCAAUGUCAAUUGGCGAGCCAUGGGCAAGAGAACGACAAGCUUACGAAAACUGCUAAUUCUAAACUGUCAAAUCACGUCCCCCUAAUAUCAUGGCCAUGUGACCCAAUACAUUUGUCCAAAUGGUGCACGUCAGGGAAAACAUGUCAGGCCAACAUGUUAGAACAUCCUGUCUUCAGAUGAAACUACAGAUGAGAAAACAGCAAAGUAGUUUGACUUGCGCCGCAAACUUUUAAAUCACGACUCAGUCAGUUAUUGUUAUUUUAUUAUUAAAUAUUAUAUUUCUUUAUAAAGCU